AUGAGCGCCGAGAGCAAGCGAAGGCGCACUGGCGAGAUCUGCGCUUGGCCGCAGAUUCAAGAAGCCUGGGAACCGGAGCAGCGCAAAGGCUUUCCAGGUGACGGCCUGGAGCCGCUGGUCGAGGUUGCGCCCGCGAGUUUUCUGGGCUCUUCUGCAAACAUCGCAGAAAGAGCCGUCCCGAAGCCGAAGCCACUGCCGAUGCCGCUCCCACCGCCACCUCCGCUUCUGCCGAUUCUGCCAAGGCCAGCCUAUUCGCGGUUGCACCCUGGUGUGGCUGUGGCCACUUCGGAGGGGCUCCGAUUGGGCCUGCAGCACUGCGCGAAGGCUUCCAGCAAGGCCGCGCCCACCGCGGCGCCCACCGCGGCGGCCUUGCGGCCCUCGGUGCGCGGCCGGGGGCAACGCUUCGGCUCCCAGAGCUAUCUGCGCUCCUGGGACCUCAACGAGCCAGGACAGCGUCUCGAGCCGGAUCCGUCUCCCAAGCUUACCCGGAUCCUCCAAUCGCUGGUUCCCUUCGAGUUGGAGGCCUUUUCGGAAGAGGCCUGUGCGAUUUGCUACGAGUCCAUGCAGGGAGAGCUUGUGAGGCGGCUGCCCUGUAUGCACGUCUUUCACGCAAGCUGCAUCGCUCGCUGGCUCCGUGUGAGGAUGUGUUGUCCACUGGACAAGUGCGAGGUCGAGCCUUCCUUGCAGGCAAGACCCGAGCUACCACGCGGAACCGCGCAAUCCGCGGAAGAGGAGGUGCCUUCUUCGGAUUCCUCGCCCCUCUACCAGCCCAGCCCAUCAAGUUCGCCAUCGAACGAAGAUGUCGAGGAAGCUGCCAGUACGCGUGCCGUGACAGGGAAGGAGCCGCUUCUGCUUGUAGAAUAA